CGGCGAGGACCCUGGGCUGGGCGCCUCUGCCGGUUCGUCUACCCUUCCCCGCGGCCGCCUCCUUUCAACCUUGUCCGCCGGUUGGCGCGGUCUCCGUUAGAGCGGCGGCCGCUGCUGUGGUUAGCUGCGGCCCUCUCCCUCCGUCCCCGUCCCACCAGGUCCCGGAGUUGGCCCAGCCAUGGCUCUACUCACGGCGGCAGCCCGGCUCCUGGGAGCCAAGAAUUCAUCCUGCCUUGUUUUUGCUGUCCGUCAUGCCAGUUCUUCCACGAAUUUGAAAGAUGUACUGAGCAAUCUGAUACCUAAGGAGCAGGCCAGAAUUAAAGCCUUCAGACAGCAACAUGGGAAGACAGUGGUGGGCCAAAUCACUGUGGACAUGAUGUAUGGUGGCAUGAGAGGCAUGAAAGGACUUGUGUAUGAAACAUCAGUUCUUGAUCCUGAUGAGGGCAUCCGUUUCCGAGGCUAUAGUAUCCCUGAAUGCCAGAAACUGCUGCCUAAGGCUAAGGGUGGGGAAGAACCCCUACCUGAGGGCUUAUUUUGGCUGCUGGUCACUGGAAAGAUGCCAACAGAGGGACAGGUGUCUUGGCUCUCACAAGAAUGGGCAAAGAGGGCCGCUCUGCCUUCUCAUGUGGUCACCAUGCUGGACAACUUUCCGACUAAUCUGCACCCCAUGUCUCAGCUCAGUGCAGCCAUCACAGCCCUCAACAGUGAGAGUAACUUUGCCCGGGCAUAUGCAGAGGGGAUCAACCGGACCAAGUACUGGGAGUUGAUUUAUGAAGACUGUAUGGACCUGAUUGCGAAGCUACCUUGUGUUGCAGCAAAGAUCUACCGGAAUCUUUACCGGGAAGGCAGCAGCAUUGGGGCCAUUGAUUCUAAGCUGGACUGGUCCCACAAUUUCACCAACAUGUUAGGCUAUACUGAUGCACAGUUCACUGAGCUUAUGCGUUUGUACCUCACCAUCCACAGUGACCAUGAGGGUGGUAAUGUAAGUGCCCACACAAGCCACCUGGUGGGCAGUGCCCUUUCAGACCCUUACCUAUCCUUUGCAGCAGCCAUGAAUGGGCUGGCAGGGCCUCUACAUGGACUAGCAAAUCAGGAAGUGCUCGUCUGGCUAACACAGUUACAGAAGGAAGUUGGCAAAGAUGUGUCAGACGAGAAGUUACGAGACUACAUCUGGAAUACACUCAAUUCAGGACGGGUUGUCCCAGGAUAUGGUCAUGCAGUACUAAGGAAGACUGACCCCCGAUAUUCCUGUCAGAGAGAGUUUGCUCUGAAACAUCUGCCUAAUGACCCCAUGUUUAAGCUGGUUGCUCAGCUCUACAAGAUUGUGCCCAAUAUCCUCUUAGAGCAGGGGAAGGCCAAGAACCCUUGGCCCAACGUGGAUGCUCAUAGUGGGGUGCUGCUCCAGUACUAUGGCAUGACGGAGAUGAACUACUACACAGUCCUGUUUGGCGUGUCGAGGGCACUGGGUGUGCUGGCACAACUCAUCUGGAGCAGAGCCCUAGGCUUACCUCUAGAAAGGCCCAAGUCCAUGAGCACGGAUGGCCUGAUGAAGUUUGUGGACUCCAAGUCAGGGUAGAAUGGGAGGUUGGGGAAAAUGACUAUGAGAAAAUGAGGAAGCUUACAAAUAAAGUAUAAUUUUGUUUUGUUUCAGGGGCCUUUAAGACUUAAGAUUAAACUGUAUCUGAGGCACUGAAAAUACAUUUGAAGUUAAAAUAUAAAUUAAGAGUUAAAAGAUGAAAAGCGACCCCUUCUUCCCUCCCCAGCUCACUUCCCUACCUGGUAGGAGUUGUCCACCAACUGUAGGAUGACCAGGACUAAUGCAUGAGGUCAGGGUUAGAUCUGGCUACCCACCAUCUCUGGAGUGAGAGUCUGGCUCCUCCUCUUUAGGUCAAAGCAGGUUACAGAAAAGCUGCAGUCACCCUGUGAAGCUUUUGCUUCUACUCCACCAGCCCUCUAAACCACUGAGGCCAGGGCCAGGAUCCUUUUGUUACCAUAGGAAUCAUGUGGGAUUAUCAGCUGUGUCCGAUCCUUGGGCCUUUUCCUGUGUAUGCAAGCAGCCUCCUAGCAGCAAGAUCUACUGGUUAGCGGGAAACUUUGGCAACUUUUAUGCUAUGGUCGGGUGACCAUAAACGGCAUGGUAUUUAUUGUUACUGGUACCCAGCAUUUGAUUCUAUUUCUCUUUUUAAAUUAUACCAUUAACAUUAAAGUCUGGGAGUGUUCUGUUUCCUUCCAGGCUUCCUACACCUGCUGUGCCUCAGCUGAGGAUGCUCUGGGUCUCCCUGUCCUAGCCUCUGCUAGGGUCCUGUUAGCAGGUCUUGAUCUGUGGUCUUCCCAGUCAUUUGGCUUUAUCAGUACUUAAUGUGAACUAGGCCUUUUACUUCCAUGGAACAUAAGCCACUCUCUUUUAACCUUGUUUUUUCCUGUUAAUAUGCUCUGGCACACAGAACAAGGGCUCAGGAAUGACCAGCCCCUUCAUGGUCUGGUCCCAGAGGUUCUAGCUUUCUUUUUGAACAGAAAAAUGACUUGCAAUUGAAUAUAGUUCCCUUUGAAUAUCAGUUGGACUAGGUCUGAGGGAAUUCAAAACAGUGAGCCUUCUUCUCAUCCCCUGCGCCAAGGACAUGUCCUUUUAUUUAUCGAUGUCUUUCUCUUGCUCUUUCCUUAAGAGCUCACAGUAUGGUGUUUAUUUUAGCAGCCCCAAUUUGCACAGAUUUUCAGUGACUCAGAAUGCUCUACUGCCUUUUCUUUGAGAAAGGGUUGAGAUACACUCCUGUUGUGCCCCCUCCUUACCCCAAAACUCCUGCCUGUGUUUGUGUGGAACCCAAACCCCAGCACCACACUGCUGAGAUGGACACACUGUAAACCCCUGGGUAACUGUUAAGUCAUGAUGCAGACUUCAGGUUGUUCUGUAUAAAAUGAAAAAUAAUAAAUGUUUUUAUUAACAAUG